GUCGAGUUUCCGGGCACUCUGAAGCCCCCUGACGUUAAACAGACGAGUUCUCGUCUCGGGACACGAGCUCAGUCUGAGGACACAGACGUCGUCUCACUCAUGAGACAAAAGUUUUGUCUGAAAAUGUCUUCGUUGAGUGAAUUUUAUCCUCAAACUGUGAGACAGAAAACACAAGUGAGGACUCCCUGCAGCGGGGCGUGGAGUGUGAGUUCACUCUCCAAGGUUCUCAUGCGGUUCAUAAAGACCGCCGUCAGACGGAGACGCCGUCAGUUGCAGAGACGCUCAGCAGAGACACAGAGACGCUCAGCAGAGACACAGAGACGCUCAGCAGAGACACAGAGACGCUCAGCAGAGACACAGAGACGCUCAGCAGAGAUAGAGAGAUGGCAGAAAACGCUUCAGACGUGGUGCCGGAGAAAGUUCAACCUAAGACCCCGAAGAGGAAGAAGGCCGGGGCGGGGCCGGCCGCCAACAGAACGAAUGCGCUGACCCUGGUGAAGGUCAUCGUCAGCGCCGUGUCUGAGAUGAAGGACCGCCGGGGGACUUCAAUGUACAAGAUCAAACGGUAUUUGGGGACACACGGCGUGGACGUGGAUUCGUCCAACGGUCGCAUCAACAAGAAGGUAAGAGGGAUGGUGGACAACGGAGAUCUUGUACAGGUCAGAGGGAAAGGCGCCUCCGGGUCCUUCAAGCUCGGCCCUAAACAAAUGGCAAAGAAACCGGAGGCAAAGAAACCGGUGGCAAAGAAACCGGUGGCAAAGAAACCAGCGGCAAAGAAAGCGGCGGGAAAGAAACCGGUGGCAAAGAAACCAGCGGCAAAGAAAGCGGCGGGAAAGAAACCGACGGCCAAGAAACCAGCAGCCAAGAAACCGGCGGCCAAGAAAAAAACUACGGCGGCCAAGAAAAACGCAAAGAAAUCAGCGGCCAAGAAACCAGCAGCCAAGAACACAGCAGCCAAGAACACCCCUAAAAAGAAGGCGCCAAAAAAGGAAACCAAGAAGAGGGCCGCCCCUAAAAAGAGGAUAGCAGACGGUGGGAAGGCUCCAUCGAAGAAAACUGGAACAAAGAAGUGAAGUGAAGCGGGUCCUUGAUCAGUGAAACCAAACGGCUCUUUUAAGAGCCACCACGGCGUCUAAAGAGCCGGUUUCCACAGCACGCCGGCCCGCCAGGGUCCCGUGACUGCUUCAUAUUAUAACAACAUGUGGCUUCUUUUUUUGUUAUUCCAGUGAAAUGAGCUGAAGGUGAAGAUUCGG